AUGAAGUCUACUGUUGAUGGGCAUUGUAACUCAAAAGCGCAUAUUAAGAACAAACAAACUUAUGAAAGUAAAGAACAAUUUAAAAAACAAAUUAUGCUUGCUGCAGCACAAACCGCAUGUGAAUCAAGAAAAGAAGUUAUAGAAGAUUUAAUUAAAGCUUUUUUAUUUGCUAAUAUUCCUCUUGAAAAAGUUGAUA